AUGGUAGGAAUAUACUGGUUCUGCUAUCCAGGAUCGUUGGACUCCACUUUGGUGAAUGGUACAAUAGCUCUCUGUGAUCUGUUGAAUGAUGGGGAAGGAGCAUUAGGUGCAGGUGCAAUUGGUACCAUAAUGCGCGACUCAGGCUUUGAAGAUGUUGCUUUCUCUUUCCCAUUGUCCACUUCAUAUAUAACCUUGAGCGAUGGAAGUUCAGUACCUGCCUACAGCAAUUCAACUGGGAAGCCAACAGCAACCAUUCUGAAGAGCACUGAGAUUAAAGACAGAUUGGCUCCAUUUGUAGUUUCCUUUUCAUCAAGGGGACCAAAUCCAAUUACUAGCGACAUCCUGAAGCCUGAUUGGACUGCACCUGGAGUGGACAUCGUUGCAGCAUGGUCACUAGCUACUACUAUGACUGGAAUAGAAGGAGAUACAAGAGUCGUUCCAUACAACAUAAUCUCUGGCACAUCCAUGUCUUGCCCUCAUGCAACUGGAGCUGCUGCUUAUGUUAAAUCAUUUCACCCAACAUGGUCUCCAGCAGCAAUCAAGUCUGCUCUUAUGACAACAGCUACACCUUUGAGUUCAAUUACCAACUCUGAUGUUGAGUUUGCAUACGGUUCCGGUCACAUUAAUCCUCUCAAAGCAGCAAAUCCUGCCAAUAAUGGAACUGUUUGGGAUCUAAACUACCCUUCUUUUGCCCUUUCUGCCAACACCUCUGUCAUCCGUGACUUCCACCGGACAGUCACAAACGUUGGUUUACCUGUGUCCACAUACAAGGCAACUGUGGUCGCCCCACCAGGACUCAAUAUCCAAGUUGAACCCAGUGUUCUUUCAUUCAAAUCGAUAGGGCAAAAGAUAUCUUUUGUUGUGACGAUCGCAACAACACUAAGCAAUGAUAUGCUCUCGGGUUCUUUGGUGUGGGAUGAUGGUGUGUAUCAAGUGAGAAGCCCCAUUGUCGCAUAUUCUUCCUCUUAA